GUGUAUACCAGUGUAGUGUGUAUGUGCGCGCAGCCAAGCGGCAAGCUUCAACGGAAAAACGUGGGAACAUUUGCCCGUAACUCCGCGCGUGCAGUAUACCUAAUACAUGUGCCUAUCCUGCGAGUACUCGCGGCGGCGGUUGUAAAUUCAAAACGAGCCUGGCAGCACACGUAGCUUAUCGUUGGGAGCUGCUGUUGUUGUUGUUGCUGCUACUGAUGACUUAUUAAUUCCGCGAGUGUGUGUGCGUGUAUACUCCCACUACAAUCACUACUACUACAACUAGCAGUGAAUGAUAGGCCCGAGGAAGGCCGCGAAGACGGAGGUGUGCGUGUGUGCGAGCUCGUUACUUACACGUUACGUCGGGCGCAGGUGAUAUGCAGUGCUCGUUGGUGAACGACGUCAGCCUCGCCGUCGUCGUCGUCGUCGUCGCUGUGUUAUGACGCGCCGAUCGAACAGCAGCGCACGGCACGACACGACCAAGAAAGUCCCACAAGUGCUUCUUCUCCACGACGAUACGUUAUUUUCGCAAGCCGAGGGUGAACAACCCAUCGCAGCUCGAGGGCUAUACUCGAUACCUCGUAACGGUGGUUGUGCGUAUAUAAAUAUCAGUGGCUGUGUAUAUAAGCAGUGUUUUGCAUUAUGAAAGAUUGAUAUAUAGUUGUAAAGUGUCUCGAGAUAACGACAAAAAGUUUUUUUAUCAAUUUGUGUGUCUGUGUCUCUGUGUGAAGCAUAAUAAAAAAAGUGACGAAUCGAUUUGGAGAAGAAGAAUAAGAAAUAAAAAUGGGUAAUCAUCCGACUCAUCAUCAGCCGCUCGAGCGCGGCACACGUGGACAUGGCCUUCGGCUCUCGAAACGAGAACGAUCGCCCGGUAAAAGAAUGGACCGGUUGAGGAGGAGUUUUCGCGACAGCUUUCGCCGGCGAAAAGAGCCACACACACCCGAGGCCAGUAAACCACAUCUCUGGCAGUCGGACGAAAAUGCAGUACGCACGGCCACAUGCGCUUUUCAAGUCAAGUAUCUGGGCUGUGUAGAAGUUUACGACUCUAGGGGGAUGCAAGUUUGUGAGGAAGCUUUAAAAGUACUUAGGAAUUCUAAAAGAAGGCCAGUCCGAGCAACAUUACAUAUUUCUGGAGAUGGGCUACGAGUUGUUGAAGAUGAAACAAAAGGAUUGAUUGUGGAUCAAACCAUUGAAAAAGUAUCUUUCUGCGCACCUGACAGAAAUCAUGAUAAAGGGUUUAGUUACAUCUGCAGGGAUGGUACCACAAGACGUUGGAUGUGCCAUGGGUUCUUAGCAUUGAAAGAAACUGGAGAAAGAUUAAGUCAUGCCGUGGGCUGCGCUUUCGCAGCAUGUUUGGAAAGAAAGCAAAUGCGUGAUAAAGAAUGCAAAGUGACUAUGACCUUUGACCAAAAAACGUCUACAUUCACCAGAAGUGGUAGUUUUAGACAACCCAGUUUGACGGAACGACUGCAGGACAGUCGAGAGCGCGCUAUAGACGUAGUACCAGUAUCCGCGCGUCAGGUGUACAAUCCGUUCGCGAUCGAGAGGCCGCACGCGACGCCUUCGAUGCUCGAACGACAGGGCUCUUUCCGUGGUUUCAAUCAACUGAAUCAAGCCUCGCCGUUCAAGCGUCAGUUAAGUUUGCGCGUAAACGACUUGCCGAGCAACUUCGAACGGGUACGCAGCCACAGCUUGGAGCCGACCGAUCUCGCGCGCCUGCCACAGACCAUGCCACACCAGAUCCCCGUCAAGCCACCAGACUUCGAUGGAUAUAACGAAGUGAGUCCGAUACCCGAGAUAUCACCGAGUGGCCACGACAGCGUCUCGGCCAUGUGUCAGCAGUUGUCGCGCGGUCUGUCGCUGCUCUCGAGCAACGACGAUUACGCGCCCAGCAUCACGAGCAGCAGCGGUGGCACCGCGUCGUCCGUCGCCAAGAAGCUUUUCGCCAACAACAUGAUGAGCAAUAACAUGAUGAGCAGCAACUUGAUGAGCAACAAUAUCAGCAACAACUUGAGCAACAAUCUGGUCAACAACGCAACUUCUGCUUUCUCUGGAGUAACCAGCAGCAAUUCUCUUGAUGAUCUCAAAAUACAAAGCGACCAGAGUUUCGUCAAUAUAAUAGCCUCGAUAUUCGAUACGCCAGCAGCCAGUCCAGCGUUCAGUAACGCCUCGACCACCUCCAUCGGUAAUACUCAUCAGGUGCAGCCAUCGACGACCGACUCGCUCGCCGGGGGCCACUCGUCGCUUCAUAACCAGCAGCAGCAGCAGCAGCAGCAGCAGCAACAGGCUCUGUCGACUCAGAGCGACUCGUCCUCGUCGUCGCUCUCGCACAUAGGCCAGCAGCAGCAGCCGCCGACCGGUAUGCCGAGCCUCAACGACUCGCCGUCGUCAAUUUCUCAGAUCGUGCAUCAGCCCGCCGCCGCUGCUCUGCCUAUGCUGAGCGACUCGUCGUCUUCGAUGUCGCCCAUAUCGGCCGGCAACAGCGCCGUGACCAGCAGCAUCUCGGGCAUCGGUAAUUUGAAUAUCUCGUCCGUGUGCACAACGCCGGUCACGACGUCGAGCAUUCCCGUUGCAGCUGUUCAAGCGAUACAGAGCACAGGUAACCUACCGAAUCCCGAGCAGUGGCUGGGCAGCGUGACGACGCAAGUGGCCGCCGCGGCUGCUGCGUCGAAUUCCGCUCCGACGACGACGUCGGUGAGCCAAGUGCAGGCUCCUCCACUUGUGCCGCCUGCCGUUGCGCCGCGCAGAGCACCCCCGCUGCACUCGCGAGCUAUGAGCCUGGGCUCGACUCAGGCCCCGUCGGCUGCCCCGAGGUCCGGUCCCGCCGAUCCGUUCGACGCCGAGUGGGCAGAAAUCGCCGCGCGCAAUCUUCGACAGGCGUCUUUAACGAAUCCCUUCAUCGUGCCCAAUACAACGCAAGCUUUUCAGGUGCAAUUGUAGCGCGAGGAGUUAAAGAAGACGAUUGCUGAUUAUUUUCGCACCGACACGCAGUAAAGAGCAACGCCGAGUAAUAGUGGUGCAAAGCACGAUUUUUCAUCAUGAAAGCUCCUCUUUAACCACUCGCUAAAAUAAUUAAGGAUCAAAAAUAUUCGCAAUAAAUGAAGCCAAGCCAACUCAAGCUUCGACGUUUUUAUUACGCUAAAAACACGAUCGAAGUGCUUUUAACACAAAAGAGAAAAAAAUAUACUUGAAGCGCGCGAAACGCAACACUUUGAGCGUGUUUAAAAAAAAACUCUAUGCUCAGUGAGAAACAAAAAGUUAUAAAUAUAUAUUGAAAUUUUUAAAUUGUAUGAAAAUGAUACUAACAAAGCGACGUCAGUUUUGUUUUUUCCUUUGCGUGAUUCUCAAAACAUACUUUCUUUGACGCGCAAGAUGUCUCUGAGGCACGAAAGGAGAAUAAGAAUGUUGUUGAUUAUAACUUGUUGCAUUUGUAAAAAAAAUGGAUUUUAGGUUACCGAAGCUGAGUAACGGAAUAUAUGUUCGUGUUAUUGGCAUAAGUUUAACGUGUUAUUAUAAAGAAAAAAAGUUAUAUACGACACGUCGAUCAAGUAUUAUAUAGUGAAUGUAUAAAUUUAUCGCAUAGAACAAGUGUGAGAGAGUUAUAUAAGCGAGAAUGUGUGCCAUUUCGCUGUCAGAAAAUUAAAUUAUUGUAUUUUUAUGUGUAUAUAUAUUUUUAACGGUAUCCUUUUCACAAAGAUGAGAAAUGCAAAUUUUUUUUUACAAUUGACAAUUAGCGAAAAAAUUCAGAGUGUUAUUGUAAAUUAAAUAUUCAAGGACGAGGCUGACGUCGAUGCAAAACUUCGUUGGGUUUUAUGCAUUUUUUGAGAAAAGAUCAACCAUAAGCGUUGACGUUAUAACGAAAAAAUUUAUGAAGUAGGAAAAAAGAUUAUUCAAUUGUACAGAACUGUUCGAUAAUUCGCACACAUUUAUUUUAGACUGCCUAUUGUAUUUAAUUACCAGCUUGUACAGAGUUUGCAAUUACUUAAUUAAAAUUUAAUUUAGUGGAUUUUUCAAAGUAUCUUACAAUACUUAGUGAAACGUGAUACUUAAUAAAAAUCGAAAGUACAGUUUAUUAUCAUAAUUUUCCAACAUCUUGACAAACUGAGAGUUAGGUGCACACAUCGGUUCUGUCUUCUCUGUGAAAAAAGAUGGAAGAUAAAACGUCACAUAAAGAGAACAAUGUCGCCAGCACAAUAUAAUGAAAGAUGAAAAGAACAUUUAUGCUAUGUACUUAUUAUAUUAUUAAUGAUGCUUAUAUAGACAAAUAUAAAUGUAUAUAUGAGAUGUUGACAUAUUCCAUGUACUUAAUCAUUUGUUUUAUUUUUUAUUUUAUUAUUAAAGCAUUAAAUUUCAUUUCGUUAACGAA